AUGCGCUCCUUCUUCCUGCUGGCUUUUGCCAUUCUUCCAGUCCUCUCUGUUGCUCAACGAGGCGGCGGAGGUCGAGGUGGUGGGUUCAACAACGGCGGCGGCUUCAACCGCGGCGACGGCGGAAACGCUCCCAACACCUUCAUCACAGUAGCUUCUGCUGCUCCGGCUGCCGCCACCUCUGCCGCUGCUGCUCCUCCUGCCGGUGGCAGCGGCGGUGGUGGUGGCGGCGGUGGUGGUGCUGCGACUGGAGGAUCCGGCGCAGUACAAGCCUCACUGAUCCCUCCAUACGGGAUCACUCCUGGUGUAAAAGCCAAUGACGGGACAGCAAACUGUGUCGGCGAAAGUGGAAAAGCCAUUCCGUGA